UUGAACCACCAGCGAAUAAACAUACUUUCCGAUUACAGACUUUCGUUUUCUACAACGUCCUCGGAACUAUCGUCAGAAAUACCAGAAAAGGAAGAAAAGGAUUCUAGAGCAGCAGCAAAGAAGGAUAUGAUCGCGCCAACGAAUAAACAUCAUGCAACAUGCAACCAUAAGGAAAAGGCUAGUGGUGACGGCGAAGCUCACCGUAACGUUGACAGUAUCAAUGGCUUGGCACCAAAUCCGGAUCCGCGAGAGGCUGCCAAAGAAGCUGCCCGUGCAGGUUCACGAGAAACUCCUCACGAGGCACCUCGUGCCAAGGAUAACGGUGAUUCCAGGGAGGCGCGGAAGGAGCGACGUCAUAGAGACAGGCGCAGAAGCAGACAUCCACAUCAUGCAACAUGCAACCAUAAGGAAAAGGCUAGUGGUGACGGCGAAGCUCACCGUAACGUUGACAGUAUCAAUGGCUUGGCACCAAAUCCGGAUCCGCGAGAGGCUGCCAAAGAAGCUGCCCGUGCAGGUUCACGAGAAACUCCUCACGAGGCACCUCGUGCCAAGGAUAACGGUGAUUCCAGGGAGGCGCGGAAGGAGCGACGUCAUAGAGACAGGCGCAGAAGCAGACAUCCACCGCAAGCGAUCAAUACCUUCUGGGACCAGGAGGAUCAGGAUUUCAUUGUCAGAAAGAAUAUUCAGCGUAACCAAAGACGAAUUCAUGCAAUGCAGGACCGUGAUGAAACAGAUGACACGCUUUUCGAGGUCCCAAUGCGAAUGCCAGAAGUUGACUUCACGAAUCAAACCGCUGUCGUCGCUUGA